AUGCCUGCCCACGACUAUGGAGCAGAUGCAACGGAACUCAUGGAAACUUAUGACUUCCUCAUGAAGUAUAUUAUUAUUGGGGAAGCCGGAACCGGAAAGUCGUGUCUUCUACAUCAGUUUACCCACAAUACCUUCAAAGAGCACUCGCAACACACAAUUGGGGUCGAAUUUUCUAGCCGCACGAUCAAACUUGGUGAGAAGCGGAUAAAGCUACAGCUAUGGGAUACUGCAGGACAGGAAAGAUUUAGAUCGGUAACUCGCAGUUAUUAUCGAGGGGCGGCAGGGGCGAUUCUGGUCUACGAUAUCACGAAUCGGGCAUCCUUCGUGAAUUUAUCUCGGUGGUUGGCAGACGCUCGCGCACUAGCAAGUUCGCAGCUAGUGACGGUGCUCGUCGGAAAUAAGUCGGAUAGAGAAGACGAUAGAGAAGUGGAGUGGGCAGAAGCAAGUAGAUGGGCCGCGGAGAACGAUCUGCAUUUCCUUGAAGCUUCUUCGCUGACGGGCGACAACGUGGAGGCACCCUUCCUUCUAUGCGCCCGAUCAAUAUUGCUUGCGAUAGAGUCUGGGACACUCGAUCCCGAGAAGGCGGGCAGUGGGGUCAGCUAUGGCGAUCGCGCACUGCGGAGAGUGAGCAGCUCGAGCCGGCUGAGCUUCGGGAGUCUGAGUGGAUCAGGUACAAGGCGAGGCUCGAAACUCAGACUACCAGGUUACGGCGGCAAGUGCUGUUGA